GAUAAUCUUCUUUUAUAUCCAUAUCCAAUCAUUCCUUAGAAUUUAGAUAGAAUACCUUUGCUUUCUACAAAAUAAAAAUAGGCAAAGAAAGUGCAAAAAACAAAGAGAGAAAGAAAGAAGAGAUAACUGAGAGAUCAAAAUCAAAUGGGUUGCGGUUUCUCCAGCGGAUCAUCGUCUAAAGUAAAGAACAUAAUCCGAGUGGUUCACCUCAAUGGCUAUGUAGAAGAUUUUGAGUGUCCUGUUUCGGUCGGUCAAGUCACCGGCAAGCCACCAAAGCAAUUCCUGUGCACUCCAGCUCAACUCAUUUCCAACUGUUCCCUGGGUCUUCAACCUGACACCAUCCUGGAAGCAGGCCGUAUCUAUUUUCUUUUACCUUACUCCACGCUACAGCCUGAUGUUUCUCCUGCGGACUUGGCAUCCAUAGCCAGGAAGCUCGGUGCCAAAGCUAAGGCGACCAAGUGUAAGGCAAAGUCACCAUCAUCAAGUCAGUAUAGUCAUGGGGCAAGCCCACUUUCGAACUCGCGCGGUAGGAGUCCUAGCCGGUUAAGGGAGUCGGAUUCAGGCAUGACAUCUCACAGGGCACAACGCUCCUCCCUCGUGCGGACAUGGAGACCCGUCUUGGACACCAUCCGAGAAAAGUCAUUUAAUCGGAGAAGUGAAUCAGAUUUGCAGGAAACUUAGUUCAAGGCAGUGGAAUAGUUUUGAAUCUCGGGUAGGAAUAGUAUGAUCGCUAUUGUAAAAUUGUAAAAUAUUUAAGAUCAAAAGAAAAAGAGUGAUAUUGUAGCUUAAAGCAGGUGGGAGGAUUCUAAUCUCAUGUGUUGUUGUAAAGAUGAUAAUUUGAUGAGCUUUUGUGAU